GGGGUGUGCGCCGCUCUCUCCGCAGGGGGCGGGGGAGGCGGCCGCGCGGUGACGCGCGGGGCUGCUGCGGCUGCUCCGCCGGCGGAUCAUCACUCUCGGGCUGGGAUGGACGCGGGGCGGGCGGGCCCCGGCGCGCGGAGCCAGGAGUCCGGGCCUCCUGGCUGCUGAGCGUCUCCCGAAGCCUCCCCUUUACCCCCGCUGCCCCUCCUAGGAGCCCUGCCGACCCCCACCCCGGGGCUCCAGACCCGGCUCCCGCCCUCCUCUGACUCCCUGGACCUCCCCCUCCCGCCCGCCCUCGGGAUCGACUAGAUCCCUCCCCCUCCCCGAGGAUUCCGGCUGGAUCCCUGCCCCUGCACCGCGGAUCCUGCGCUCCCGGGCUCCGGGCCCCUGGGGAUUGCCGUGGACACCUCCUCCCGCACCCGAUCCCUUAGGAUCUUCCGCCUGUACCACCUUCUGGUCCCUCGAAGCCGGCCCACGGAGCCAGUGGAUCCCCAAUCCAGUCCUGUCUCGUUGCCCCCUCUUCGCUCCGCCGGCCCCACUGCGGGGUUCCCUGUUCUCGGGUUCCUCCUGACCCCAUCCCCUACCUCUCCUUUCCCCGGGGAUCGACUGGAUCCCGGCCCCGCCCCCCGGGGCUGGGGCGAUCCCCCUCCCCCGCCCGGUGAGGCGCUGCGGGCGGGGGCUGGGCCUGCGGGGCCGCGGGGGCUCAGAGGCCGCCGCCCCCCUCCCGAAGCCCAUCCGCCCCCUACUCGGAGCCCUGGAUGGAGGCACCACGGCCCCAGGGCUGAGCCAGGUCGGGCCUGCCUUCACCUUCUCCCAUUUCUUUCCCCUUCCCCACCCCUCGCCCCCUCCAUGGAGAGGAACAGACCCCUUCUCUGUCCAGUCUAACCCAGGUCCCUCCCCACCCCCCUCCUCCCUCCUUUCCCCCACCCCCUUCCCCCCUCCUGGGGCAAGGGGGGCCUCCCUCCCUCUCCCCCCCCUUCUCUCUCUCUCCGAGGGGGGGGGUCCCGGGGAGGGAGGGGGGGUCCCCCGAUCAGCAUGUGGCUCCUGGCGCUGUGUCUGGUGGGGCUGGCAGGGGCUCAACGGGGGGGAGGGGGUCCUGGCGGCUCCCCGGGUGGCCCGGGCCUGGGCCUCAGCAGCCUCGGGGAGGAGCGCUUCCCAGUGGUGAACACGGCCUAUGGGCGAGUGCGCGGCGUGCGCCGUGAGCUCAACAACGAGAUCCUGGGCCCCGUCGUGCAGUUUUUGGGCGUACCCUACGCCACGCCACCCCUGGGCGCCCGCCGCUUCCAGCCGCCCGAGGCCCCCGCCUCGUGGCCCGGCGUGCGCAACGCCACCACCCUGCCGCCCGCCUGCCCGCAGAACCUGCACGGGGCGCUGCCCGCAAUCAUGCUGCCUGUGUGGUUCACCGACAACUUGGAGGCGGCCGCCACCUACGUGCAGAACCAGAGCGAGGACUGCCUGUAUCUGAACCUCUACGUGCCCACCGAGGACGGUCCGCUCACAAAAAAACGUGACGAGGCGACGCUCAAUCCGCCGGACACAGAUAUCCGGGACUCUGGGAAGAAGCCCGUGAUGCUGUUUCUGCACGGCGGCUCCUACAUGGAGGGCACCGGCAACAUGUUCGACGGCUCCGUCCUGGCCGCCUACGGCAACGUCAUUGUAGCCACGCUCAACUACCGACUUGGGGUGCUCGGUUUUCUCAGCACCGGGGACCAGGCUGCAAAAGGGAACUACGGCCUCCUGGACCAGAUCCAGGCCCUGCGCUGGCUCAGCGAAAACGUUGCCCACUUUGGGGGUGACCCCGAGCGCAUCACCAUCUUUGGAUCUGGAGCAGGGGCCUCCUGUGUCAACCUUCUGAUCCUCUCUCACCAUUCGGAAGGGUUGUUCCAGAAGGCCAUCGCCCAGAGCGGCACUGCCAUUUCCAGCUGGUCGGUCAACUACCAGCCGCUCAAGUACACGCGGCUGCUGGCGGCCAAGGUGGGCUGCGACCGCGAGGACAGCGCCGAGGCUGUGGAGUGUCUGCGCCGGAAGCCUUCCCGGGAGCUGGUGGACCAGGAUGUGCAGCCCGCCCGCUACCACAUCGCCUUCGGGCCCGUGGUGGACGGUGACGUCGUCCCCGAUGACCCUGAGAUCCUCAUGCAGCAGGGAGAAUUCCUCAACUAUGACAUGCUCAUUGGUGUCAACCAAGGAGAAGGCCUCAAGUUCGUAGAGGACUCGGCGGAGAGCGAGGACGGGGUCUCCGCCAGCGCGUUUGACUUCACCGUCUCCAACUUCGUGGACAACCUGUAUGGCUAUCCGGAGGGCAAGGAUGUGCUUCGAGAGACCAUCAAGUUCAUGUACACGGACUGGGCCGACCGGGACAACGGCGAGAUGCGCCGAAAGACGCUGCUUGCGCUCUUUACAGACCACCAGUGGGUGGCGCCGGCCGUGGCCACCGCCAAGCUGCACGCUGACUACCAGUCCCCGGUGUACUUUUACACCUUCUACCACCACUGCCAGGCGGAGGGCCGGCCCGAGUGGGCGGACGCAGCGCACGGGGACGAACUACCCUACGUCUUCGGCGUGCCCAUGGUGGGCGCCACCGACCUCUUCCCGUGCAACUUCUCCAAGAAUGACGUCAUGCUCAGCGCCGUGGUCAUGACCUACUGGACCAACUUCGCCAAGACCGGCGACCCCAACCAGCCGGUGCCGCAGGACACCAAGUUCAUCCACACCAAGCCCAACCGCUUCGAGGAGGUCGUGUGGAGCAAGUUCAACAGCAAGGAGAAGCAGUACCUGCACAUCGGCCUGAAGCCGCGCGUGCGCGACAACUACCGCGCCAACAAGGUGGCCUUCUGGCUGGAGCUCGUGCCGCACCUGCACAACCUGCACACGGAGCUCUUCACCACCACCACGCGCCUGCCGCCCUACGCCACGCGCUGGCCGCCGCGCCCCCCGCCCGGCGCCCCGGGCACCCGCCGGCCCCCGCCGCCCGCCACGCUGCCGCCCGAGCCCGAGCCCGAGCCGGGGCCCCGGGCCUACGACCGCUUCCCCGGGGACUCCCGAGACUACUCCACGGAGCUCAGCGUCACGGUGGCCGUGGGCGCCUCGCUCCUCUUCCUCAACAUCCUCGCCUUCGCCGCGCUCUACUACAAGCGGGACCGGCGGCAGGAGCUGCGGUGCCGGCGGCUCAGCCCCCCGGGCGGCUCGGGCUCCGGCGUGCCGGGAGGGGGCGCCCUGCUGCCCGCCGCCGGCCGCGAGCUGCCGCCCGAGGAGGAGCUCGUGUCGCUGCAGCUGAAGCGGGCGGGCGGCGUCGGGGCGGACCCCGCCGAGGCCCUGCGCCCCGCCUGCCCGCCCGACUACACCCUGGCCCUGCGCCGGGCGCCGGACGACGUGCCUCUGCUGGCCCCCGGGGCGCUGACCCUGCUGCCCAGCGGCCUGGGGCCCCCGCCGCCGCCGCCGCCCCCCUCCCUCCACCCCUUCGGGCCCUUCCCCCCGCCGCCCCCCACCGCUACCAGCCACAACAACACGCUACCGCACCCCCACUCCACCACUCGGGUAUAGGGGGCGGCGGGGGGAGGCCCUCCUCCUCCCCAGCCGUCCCCCCACCCCCACGAACCCCCCACCCCCCACCCCCCGCCGGCGGGCAGUGCCGCUGGGGGGGGGAGGCAGGGAGGACCGCUCGGCGGCGACAGGCUUUUCCUGCGCGGGGAGUGGCGGGGGCGGGGGGGGGGGGGGCGUCACGCGCGGAAGAGCAUGAGGUGGACACGGGUUUUCCUCGCCAGGAUGCCGAGAGGCCCUUUCUCUUCUCUGGACCUGGGCCUCGGAACAACUCGGGGGGGGGCGUUUCGUCCCCUCCAUUGGGACACCAGUCUUAGGUGUGCGGAAACGUGGAAGUGUUUUCCCACGUGGAGGUGUGCUUUCUCACGAGGGGGUGCGUUUUGCCAUGUGCAGGGUGAGGUUUUUUUUUUGCCGCCCUGGACACAUGUUGGCCCCCUCGAAGAGUUUCUGCGGGGAUUUGUACCCCAGAAUCCCGUUCCCUCCUGCCUUCUCCCACCUCCUCCCCUCCCCCACCCCAUGGAGACCCUGGAAAUGGCGUGUUCACGGACCCGUGACCCUUGGCCACCGGACAGACACGGCAGGGUGGUGCCUGGGAAGUAGCGAGGAAAUCACAGUCCCCCCGCCCACCCCCACCCCGGCCCCCUGCCCCACCCCUCUCUGCCCCAGCCAAGCAUGUUUAUUCCCCCCACCCCUGGCAUAUGUCAGAUGAAGCACGUUCUCUGGGUGGGCCUGGCCUUCGCAGACGACAGACACAGAUUCCCUGCCAGGGGGAGGGAGGGAGGAGAUCCGUGCACCCCCGUGCUCCCCGGGGAACUUGUUUCCCCACGGGUCCGGGACACAUUUCUCUGGGUGGAAACGCCUUCAUGCAUGAGGAUGUGUGUGUUCCCAUGCGGAUGGCCCCCGGCUCUCCGGCGCUCCUUGGCCUCCCCGCCGGGUCCAAGAAGGCCUAGCGCCCCGUUCCUCCCCACCCGGCAGGUGGGGACAGACUCCCGACAGACAGAAGCUGGGGGGGUGGGGGGAGGUACAACUCCUGGGGGCAGAGCUCUGCCCCUCUCCAAGAGAUGCUAAGUUGGGGGGGCAUGGCGUGCCACCCACAGAGGCCAUGCAUGUUUGACCAAAGCCCUCACUGGGGUCUGAGGACAGCCUUUCCCUCAGUCCUCAGAUCAUUGCUCAUCCGUGCCAAACUGCGUAGGUGGGUUUGAGGGGUGGGGUGGGGGGAAGACCCUCAAAACGUGCCAAGGAUUCCCCAGUCCUGGGCCAGGGCAGGUAACUGUGGAGACAGGGGAGGGGGGGAUACGGGGUGGGGGGGAGGGGAAGCGGCAGCUACAAGGGUCCCGCCUGUGUCUCCGCUCUUCACUGUGUCUCAUCCCCUCCCUCGGUGCCUCGGUGUCCUAAUCCCCCAACCCUGUCUCCCUCUUUGAAGCCAUCCCGUCUCGAUGUCAGACCACCUUCUCCCCUUGGAUGUCCUCCCCUUCUCUGACCUGGCCCCCCUUCCCUCAGCCGGCCAGGGCUCAAGGAAAGGCGCGGGGGAGAGCAGGGGGGCGAGGCUUCGAGGGACAGGUUGGGGAGAGAAUGAGGUCAGCCGUGCCCAGGAACAGAUGGAGGGGCAGUGGGGGGCGGGGCCUGGGCAGACAGCAGCAGGGAGAAUCUGAAAGGACAUGUGUGAGGUGACUGCCCGGGAAGGAGGUGCCCCAGGACAAAGGGCUUGGGCCUCUGGGGACAGGAACGUCGUCAGGAAGGGUUUGAAGGGACACCAGCAGGAGGAGAAUCCUCGCCUGCUGGCAUUUUGCGGGUUUGUGCCAAACUUGAGUAGGGGUGGGGUGCUGUCUUCCACACCCGGGUCCAGAACCCCUGGCCUUGGCUCCCCAAAGCCCUUGCCUCCUGACUGUCCCUUCUCCCACCUCCCCCCAUGGAGACUUAGUUCUUUUCUGCCCCCUCCCCUUGCCUGGUCUAGCUCCUCUCCAAACAGCCACGUCCUCUAAAUGCUAGGGACCUGGGCCCCGAACCCUGUAGACAGAUGCCCCCCCCAAGCUGGGGCACGGGAGGGGGGCUGGGGGACCCCAUGAUUCAGCCACGGACUCCAAUGCCCAGCCCCUCUCCCCAGAACAACCCCCUGACAAUCCCAUGUCCCUGCCCCAACCCUUCGCGGCUCUGUACACAUUUUUAAACCUGGCAAAAGAUGAAGAGAAUAUUGUAAAUAUAAAAAUUUAACUGUU